AUGUCUAGUCAAAACACCAACACCCACAUAUCCCAAGACGCCAGCACCUACUCCUCCCACCCAGGGAUCUCUCGCAAAAACACCAACACCUCCUUCUCUUCACAACACUCGGGGCACACCCGACCCUCCGUCGUCCAGCGCAACUCUGGUACCGAGACUUUUGGCAACAAGAUCUCGAAAGAGAGCGUUGAAGAUCUUCGUUCGCAAGCUUUUGAACUCGAGCAUCAGCUCGCAAGAGAGGAGAACAAGUUCAAAAGCUUGACCAAGCAGAGUGAACGACAUUCGUUGCAGAAGACUAUUGAUGAGCUCAAGGCCAGGCUUGCCUUGACGGAGAGGAAGGUCAAGCUUGCUUCCUCUGAUUGGGUGCCGGAAGAGGAUGAGGAGGACAGGGUCACCUGGUAG